AUGUUGACAGUAACUGAUGUUCACUUCGAGCAUUAUCGCGCUCCAAAUACUCUUGGGGUUCAAGAAUCUAGGCCACGAAUCUCAUGGAAGAUUGCACAGCACAACACCGGUGCCAAGCAAAAUGGACACGAGAUCGAGUUGACCAAGUAUAGUCCCAGCCAAGAGGUUCACGACAUAUCAACUGCGAGCCAACAGUCCCAGGAAAAUAUCUUGAUUCCAUGGCCGUUCAGAGAACCUCUUCAGUCUCGUGAUCAUGUAUCAAUUGGUGUUCGAGUCUGGGAUGAACAGGAGGAACAGAGUCCCUGGAGUGAGCCUGCUCAUCUUGAAGUAGGGCUACUGCAUAGGUCAGAUUGGGCCUGCGAACGAAUUGCCGCCCCGUGGGCUUCAGAAAUGUCAGACGCUGGCCCUGAAGACUUGUUCCGUAGGCAAUUUGUUCUUCGCGACACGCCUGUCAAAGCACGACUCUAUAUCACAGCCCAAGGAGUCUAUGAAGCUGAGCUCAAUGGGCAACGCGUCGGCGAUUAUUUCCUCGCUCCAGGGUGGACCUCUUAUGAUGGGCGACUCCAGUACCAGACUUAUGACGUUACUUCGCACCUAGUCAACGGUCCAAAUUGCAUUGGAGUAAGAGUUGCAGAGGGAUGGUUCAGUGGCCGUAUUGGUUUUGAGGGCGGGCAUAGAAACAUUUGGGGUCCCCAUACUGCUCUGCUUUUGCAGUUGGAAGUCACUUACGCUGAUGGGCAGACUUGCAGAAUAGAGAGCGAUGGUUCGUGGAAGGUGAUACAAGGCCCAACUCGACUAGCUGAGAUAUACGAUGGGGAGAAAUAUGACUUGACAAUGGAGGUGCCAGAUUGGUCGUUGGUGGUCGAUCAAGAAAGGCUGAAAGGUUGGAAAAAUGUGCAGACACUUGCAUUCCCGCCGGUAUCUACUCAACUCGUUGCAGGCUUCGCAGAGCCAGUGCGUCGGAUCGAAACCGUAUAUCCUGUCAAGGAGAUCACGACACCAAGUGGGAAAAGAGUGCUUGACUUUGGUCAGAAUCUCGUUGGAUAUCUUCGUCUAUCAGGCAUCAAAGGGUCCAAUGGACACAAGAUUACCCUUCAGCAUGCUGAAGUCAUGGAGAACGAAGAGCUUUGUAUUCGACCUUUGAGAAUAUGCCAAGCGAAGGACGAGAUUACCCUCAAAGAUUCACCGGACGACUUACGUUGGGAACCAAGAUUCACUUUUCAUGGAUUCCGGUAUGCUCAGAUUGAUAAUUGGCCCGGUUCUUUCCACAAGUCCUGUGUCGAAGCUGUCGUGUGCCACACUGACAUGAAGCCCGCUGGUCACUUCUCAUGCUCUGAUCCGCUACUGAACCAACUGUAUCGGAAUAUCGUGUGGGGCAUGAGAGGUAACUUUCUUUCCGUGCCGACUGAUUGUCCUCAGAGAGAUGAACGACUGGGUUGGACUGGAGAUUUGUCUCUCUUUGGCCCAACAGCAUGUCUCCUUUAUGACUGCUUUGGGAUCUUGAAAAAUUGGCUGAUCGAUCUUGCUCAUGAUCAAGAUGUUCUUGGUGGUGUUCCCCCAAUGGUCAGUCCGAAUGCUACCCUGCCAGAUCCCAUCUGGUGUAGAAGAGUGCCAUGCGCCAUCUGGCAUGAUGUCACGAUAAUAGCACCCUGGAUUCUUUAUCAAGAGAGCGGAGAUGAGAAUAUCCUAGCGCAGCAAUAUGAUAGUAUGAUGAAGUGGAUGAAUGUGCUCCCUCGACAAACUUCCGGACUAUGGGAUCCUAAACCUUUUCAGCUCGGUGACUGGCUUGACCCAGCAGCGCCUCCAGAUCAACCGUGGAAAGGGGCAACAGACGCCAAGAUGGUGUCAAACAUGUUCUUGCUCCAGAGUCUAGAUCUCAUGAGCAAGAUAUGUGGCGUGCUGGGACAAAAGGAUGAACAACAGAGAUUCAGGGAGGACUACCAGACAACAAGAAUCGAGUUCCAGCAAGAAUACGUCACACCCCGAGGGCGCAUGACCUCGGAUUCGCAAGCUGCAUAUGCACUAGCUAUUUGUCUUGACCUCCUUGAACCAGCGCAACGGCAACGCGCAGGAGACCGUCUCGUGGAACUUGUGCGAAAGAACGAGUUCAAGGUCGGCACCGGAUUUGCCGCUACGCCAUUUCUUUGUGAAGCCCUUGCAUCUACCGGCCUCGCCCAAGUUGCAUACGCGAUGCUGCUCGAGAAAGGCUGUCCAUCUUGGAUAUACCCAGUCAUUAUGGGUGCAACUACAGUUUGGGAGAGGUGGGACAGUAUGUUGUCUGAUGGUUCUAUCAACCCGGGAGAAAUGACCUCAUUUAACCAUUACGCGUUUGGCGCUAUAGCCAAGUUCAUGUAUGAGAGAGUUGCCGGGCUGCAGAGACUUGAGCCCGGAUGGAGGAAAGUUCGUAUCUCCCCUGCUAUUGGUGCUACUUUUUCUCAAGCUGCCGCGUCGCAUGUCUCUCCUCAAGGGACGAUUUCCUUUAACUGGGAAACGAGGGUUAUUGACGGAAAACAAGAGGAGUUCCAUAUCAAGGUUAAGGUUCCGCCAAACACUGUUGCUGAGAUUAUUCUUCCUGGUUUGGCAAAUGAAGAGGCGAAGGAGGUUGGUUGUGGUGAGUGGACCUUUCGUUCGCCGUUUAGAAGAGAUUACGAGUGGCCUGUCUUACCACUACCACCGAAGUCAUGA